UUUUCACUGCUGAGGAUUGGUGCGUUUGUGGCAGUCUUCAGGGAAAUGUUUAGUUCCGCAACUUUCUAAUGCUCAUGCGUGUUUGCAAUUACUACACUUUCAAAUGUAACUCGAUGUAAAUUCCAGACAAAAUCAAGAAAGUCGUACUUUCUCACACUGUAUUAUUCUGGUUUUAAAAUUAAGUAGGGUAAAGGCAUCGGCAGGGAGGGCUUGUCUGCUUCUGACAGUUGCCUUUGCAGGCUUAUAUUACUGAUUACAAGAAGAUGCCAGCUGUCCAGAAAACAGUGUCCGACCUCCGCUCCAGGGUGGAAGGUUAUGAGAAGACCGAGGAGUUGUCAGAGAAAACAGCAGAAGCAGACCAAGGAGGUGUGAGGUUAAUACAUAUUAACCAACCCCAGCGUGCCAAGUUCUGCAGCAACCAUGUCAGCACUGCGAAGUACAACGUUCUUACAUUCCUCCCAAGGUUCCUUUAUUCCCAGUUCAGAAGGGCAGCAAAUUCCUUUUUCCUUUUCAUUGCACUUCUCCAGCAAAUUCCUGAUGUUUCACCGACGGGUCGUUACACCACCCUGGUUCCGUUAUUAUUUAUCCUUGUUGUAGCAGCAUUAAAGGAGUUCAUCGAAGACCUUAAGCGACAUAAAGCUGAUAGUGUUGUGAACAAAAGAGAAACUCAAGUGUUAAGAAAUGGUGCUUGGGAGAUCGUCCAUUGGGAAAAGGUGGCAGUGGGGGAGAUAGUCAAAGCAACCAAUGGGGAGCAUCUCCCCGCUGAUCUCGUCAUUCUUUCAUCAAGUGAGCCCCAGGCUAUGUGCUACAUUGAAACAUCAAACCUAGAUGGAGAAACCAACCUUAAGAUCAGACAGGGCUUGCAGAUAACAUCGGAAAUAAAAGAUCUUGACAGUUUAACAAGACUUGCUGGCCGCAUGGAAUGUGAAAGCCCCAAUCGGCAUCUGUAUGAUUUUGUGGGCAAUAUAACAAUCGACGGUCACAGCACUGUUCCCCUGGGUCCAGAUCAGAUUCUGUUAAGAGGCGCUCAGCUGAGAAAUACCCAGUGGAUUCAUGGAAUAGUUGUCUACACAGGUCACGAUACGAAACUAAUGCAGAAUUCUACAAGACCACCCCUGAAGUUGUCAAACGUGGAAAGAAUCACUAACAUGCAGAUUCUUAUUUUGUUUGGUUGUCUGCUCGCCAUCUCCCUGGUCUGUGCAAUUGGCCAAACUAUAUGGAAAGGGAAGCAUGGUGAUGGAGCUUGGUACAUGGAUUUAAACUACGGUGGUGCUGGCAACUUUGGAUUGAAUUUCCUGACCUUUAUCAUUCUUUUCAAUAAUCUCAUCCCUAUCAGCCUGUUGGUUACAUUAGAGGUUAUUAAAUUUAUCCAAGCAUUCUUCAUAAAUUGGGAUAUUGAUAUGCAUUAUGAGGUGACGAAUACUCCUGCGUGUGCGCGCACUUCCAACCUCAACGAAGAGCUUGGACAGGUGAAAUAUAUAUUUUCAGACAAAACUGGAACAUUGACCUGCAACGUAAUGAACUUUAAGAAGUGCACAAUAGCAGGAAUUACAUACGGUCACAGUCCUGAACAUGAGGAUUGUAGUUAUGCAGAGGAUGACUGGCAUAGCACACAUUCAUAUGAUGAAAGCGGAUUUACUGAUCCAAGUUUGCUGGAAAAUCUCCAAAACAAUCAUCCCACAGCACCUAUAAUCUUGGAUUUCAUGACAAUGAUGGCAGUCUGUCAUACAGCAGUCCCGGAGAGAACAGACGAUGGGAUUGUCUACCAGGCUGCUUCUCCAGAUGAAGGUGCUUUAGUAAGAGCAGCUAAGAACCUGGGCUUUGUGUUCUCCGGACGAACACCUGAUGCUGUGAUAAUAGAGGCUCUUGGACAAGAAGAGAGAUAUGAGCUGUUGAAUGUUUUGGAAUUCACAAGCAAUAGAAAAAGGAUGUCUGUAAUCGUCCGCACACCAACAGGAAGACUAAGACUGUACUGCAAAGGAGCUGACACAGUAAUUUACGAUCGUCUUGCAGACAGCUCCAGAGAUAAGGAAAUUACUUUAAAGCAUUUGGAACAAUUUGCUACAGAAGGAUUAAGAACCUUGUGCUAUGCUGUCUGUGACAUAUCCGAAGCUGCUUACCAGGACUGGUUACAACUGUAUCACCGGGCGUCUACAGCUUUGCAGAACAGGGUGCUGAAACUAGAAGAGAGCUACGAGCUGAUCGAGAAGAAUCUGCAAUUGCUUGGAGCCACAGCCAUUGAAGACAAGCUACAGGACAAAGUGCCAGAAACCAUAGAAACUCUGAUGAAAGCAGACAUCAAAAUUUGGAUUCUAACAGGGGACAAGCAGGAAACAGCAAUAAACAUAGGACACUCUUGCAAACUUUUGAAGAAAAACAUGGGUAUGAUUGUGAUAAACGAAGACACGCUUGAUGGAACGAGGGAAACCCUGAGCCGCCACUGUGGUGCACUGGGUGAUGUUUUGCAUAAGGAGAAUGACUAUGCUCUCAUCAUAGAUGGUAAAUCGCUGAAAUAUGCCUUGACGUUUGGAAUAAGACAGUACUUCUUGGAUCUUUCACUGUCUUGCAAAGCUGUGAUCUGCUGCAGAGUCUCUCCCCUUCAGAAAUCAGAAGUAGUUGAGAUGGUGAAGAAGCAGGUGAAGGUGAUCACGCUGGCCAUCGGUGAUGGCGCCAAUGACGUGGGCAUGAUCCAGACUGCGCAUGUUGGUGUUGGCAUCAGUGGAAAUGAGGGACUGCAGGCUGCUAACUCUUCUGACUACUCCAUAGCUCAGUUUAUGUAUUUGAAGAACUUGCUGCUUGUUCAUGGAGCAUGGAACUAUAACAGAGUGACAAAGUGCAUCCUCUACUGUUUCUACAAGAAUAUUGUCCUGUACAUUAUUGAGAUUUGGUUUGCUUUUGUUAAUGGUUUCUCUGGUCAGAUUCUUUUUGAGAGAUGGUGCAUUGGUCUGUACAAUGUGAUAUUUACUGCCCUGCCUCCUCUUACUCUGGGAAUAUUCGAGAGAUCUUGCCGCAAGGAAAAUAUGCUGAAAUACCCAGAGCUGUAUAAAAGCUCACAGAAUGCAAUGGGCUUUAACACCAAGGUUUUCUGGGGUCAUUGUCUGAAUGGUCUCUUCCACUCCAUUAUUCUGUUUUGGUUUCCACUAAAAGCCUUCCAGCAUGAUACAGUGUUUGCAAAUGGAAAAACACCAGACUAUCUGCUCUUAGGAAACAUGGUUUACACAUUUGUGGUAAUUACUGUGUGCUUGAAAGCUGGAUUAGAAACAUCAUCUUGGACUAUGUUCAGUCAUAUCGCGAUCUGGGGAAGCAUUGCAAUCUGGGUGGUGUUCUUUGGAAUCUACUCUUCGCUGUGGCCUGUAAUUUCAUUGGCACCUGACAUGUCUGGAGAGGCUGAUAUGAUGUUUAGCUCCAGCAUGUUUUGGGUGGGUCUCCUCUUUAUCCCUGUGACAUCCCUGCUCUUUGAUGUGACAUACAAAUUAGUGAAGAAGACCCAUUUUAAGACUUUGGUGGAUGAAGUGCAGGAGUUGGAGUCAAAGUGUCAGGAUCCAGGAGCAGCUGUACAUGGAAAAGGCCUCACUGAACGAGCCCAGCUUCUGAAAAAUGUGUUUAAGAAGACCACUGUCAACCUGUACCGUUCCGAGUCCAUGCAGCAGAAUCUUCUACAUGGCUAUGCCUUCUCUCAAGAUGAGAAUGGAGUCGUCUCGCAAUCAGAAGUUAUACGAGCUUACGACACCACUAAACAAAGACUGGACGAAUGGUGAAAUAUGGGUUGCAGGAGAAGUGAUUGAAAACAACUUGCACCAGUUCACCCACACCAGACUGUGUUUGAAAGCUGCCGGAGGUCAUAUAAAGACUUGUCUAGCCUGCGAAGGUCAUUUUUCUAAACAGAUUGUAUACUAAAAAAUAAAUAAAAUAAAAAAGUGUUCACUGCUAUAGUUGUAUUUUAAGCAGACAUAAGCACUGUGCAAAUGUAUUUAAUAUGUCUGUGUCGCAGAGCAUUCACUCAGAUUCCAUAAACAGGGCUUGAAAGUUGCAAUUGUGUAAUUGGUUCUCGUCAAGUAUUCAAAGACCAUAAUACUGGAGGGCUGCUCCACUUCUUUUUGCCAACUGUGAUUUACUAGUGAGAGAUGGCACAUAAGUGGGCAUAAAUGACUACUAUGGCUAUUGCUACUCCAGGCAUGUUUAACAACUUGAAAUAAAAAGUAUGAUCUUAAAAGUGUAAAAAAAAAAUAUAUAGAAUUGCCAUACUACUGGAAUUUCAAAUGGUAACGCUGAAGUUUAAUUUGCCAAAGUUUACAUAGCAGUAACAUUUUAUGAACAGCAAUUUAGGCUGUUACUAUGAAUGUGGUUCUAGAAUAAGAAGCCAUGCAUAGUGAAGGUCCUGUUUUGAAUACCUCAUGCUUAACACUCCAUAUAGUAGGAUUUGUACAUUGAAUAUGAGCCUGUUUGUACAUUGAAUGAACCUGUCUUGCCUGCUGUUUUUGGCCCCUGCUUUUAAAUCUGUGACUUUACCAGUAUUUAAUGAUGGCCUUAUAUGUUCCUCAAUUUUUAUUUUUAUGUGCCUAGCUAAAGUCGCCAUUCGCUAUGUGGUUGCUAACUGGAAUUUAAAAAAGGAUGUUCAAAAUUCUACCAUAUUUUUCAUUUUAUUUUUGGAAACAAUUUAUUACAUUCCAUGUUUUUUUUCUGAACUCCAAUUAUGGUUGACAAUGGUGCCUAAUCUAACCAAUGUGUUGUAUAACAUAAGUGCCAAUAAAAAUGAUAUUUCAGCAAAAUGUUAGCAUUGAUUUUUAGUAUAUUUUUACUAAACUAAAUUUAAAUAAA